GUGAAGCAGGAGCUGAAGGUGAAGCAGGAGCUGAGUCAGAUGAGGAAGGAGCUGCAGGUGAAGCAGGAGCUGAAGGUGAAGCAGGAGCUGAGUCAGAUGAGGAAGGAGCUGCAGGUGAAGCAGGAGCUGAAGGUGAAGCAGGAGCUGAGUCAGAUGAGGAAGGAGCUGCAGGUUACAGAAAUGUUGCAGGCGUGGCAGGACUUCUGAGUGUGGCAGGACCCACGGGCGGGGCAAUGGCUGCGCCUGAGGAAGCAGUUGUGACAGCGGCAGGCGCCAUGGGUGAGGCAGGGCCCGGGACCCAGCAGUGGAGGCAGGCCUUGCAGCCCGUGCUGGACAGCAUGGGCUACCAGGAGCUGGGAACCUUCUCUGGGAUGGAAGAGCCGGGCCACGGGGAAGGGUCCUCUGAGAGCUGGCUGGAGCAGGCCAGCCACACGCUGCACCUGUGGCGCCACGUGUCUGAGAGGGAGAGGAGGAGGAGGCUGGUGGAGAGCUUGCGCGGCCCCGCGCUGGACCUCCUGCGCGGCCUCCUGGCGGAAGAUCCCGAGCUGGCUGCCCAGGACUGCCUGGCCGCGCUGGUGCAGGUGUUUGGGAACAAGGACCCCCGGGGGAGUGCUCGGCUGAAGUUCGUGACCUGUGCCCAGCGGCCCCAGGAGACUCUCUCUGCGUACGUGAUGCGCCUGGAAGGCCUGCUGCAGUCGGCCCUGGAGAAGGGGGCCAUCCACCCGGCCAUGGCGGACCAGGCGCGCGCCCGGCAGGUGCUGACGCGGGCCCGGCUGAACGACACGCUCCGGGACACACUGAGGAGGAGGCGGCUGAUGAGGAGGCCUCCCGGCUUUGCGGGGAUGCUGCGGCUCAUCCAGAAGACCGAGGCCUGGGACGCCGACCCGGCUAGCAGGGAGCACUUCCCAGGGCAGGAAGAGGCCCGUGUGGACGUUGCAGUCCUGGCAGCAGCCGCCCAGGCCGCCCCGGCCCAUGAGGCCAUCACCGCAGGCACCACUGCACAUGGUGAAGAUACCACCGCCCAGGCCGCCCGUUCCAAGGAAGGGAGCGCCGAGGACCACCCGGCACGUGAGGAGGCCAGUGCGGCAGUUGCCGGCACUGCCAAGGCUGGCGAGGCGGCCCCUGAAGACCAUGGUGCCGCCGGGGCAGCCCCUGAAGACCAUGGUGCCGCCAGGGCAGCCCCUGGCCCUGGGGAGACCAGCAAGGCGUCCGCGGCCACUCAGGAAGAUGGAAGUGCUGCCGCCCCUGCGGGCCUAGGUCAGGCAGGACCCUCAGAUGCCCCCGGGGUCCCCAUGCCUGGCCGGAUGGGCAGUGCUUCCCCGGUGGCCCCAGGAGGUCCUGGCUGGGAGCCAGAGGGCCUCGCCCAGGCAGGAGGCCAGGAGGCCGAGGAGACCCCCGAGGAGGGGCUCAAGCCCAUCCCAGAAGAGCCGGGAAAUGAGGACGGGGCUGCAGAGAUGAGCCCCCCGGGGUCCACCUCGGGCCACUAGGCUCAGCAGGCCGUGGGGCUGCCAGGCUUGGAGGCAGGGGGAGGCCAGGCCUGGCAGCCUACUGGCCCCAUAUUAGGGGCCACUCCAGGUGCCUGGGCCUCCCUCCUGAGAGGGGACCCCUAUUCAUCAUCCCCUGGGGCAGGUUGCUCCCUGUACUGGCAAGCCCAAAUGUGUCCCUGUAGGCCCCAGAAGGACCCAGGUGUCAAGGAAACCCCCAGCCCCCGCUCCCCUCCCCCCAACACACACACCCUAGCCAUCGUCCCCUCGCAGAGCCCUGAGGUGCGCCACGAGCCAGCCAAGGCUCUGGUCUCUGUGGGCCAGUGUCGUGAGCUCAACGUGUGCUUUCUGGGCAUAGAUUCAGGCCCAGCGCUGCUUCUUGUUGUGGAAAUGUGCAUGUGUUCUCCUCUGAGCAGUUCCCCCAACCCCUGCGCGGCGUGGAGACCCCGAGCCCAGUCCCAGGAGCCGGCGGGAAGGACGGGAUGGACGAGGUCACAGCCAGCGCCCACCCCAGGACCUGGGAUCCCACCUGGGACCUUGGGAAGGAAGACCUUGACCGGGGCUGCAGGAGGUCUGCGGGAGGCCCCCCAGGGCUUGUGUUCUGCUGGGCCACCCCGUUGUUCCUCGGGACUCCACGUCCCCGGCUCGGUGGCGUGCGCCCUGCUGUGGGGCUGUCCUGUGCCCGCCAUAGGGCAGGGCCAGGCCCCGGGCAUGUGGGCCAGAAAUGGAGGGUCUGCCCUGGGGGGAGCGGGCAUGGCCGACGCCCAUCUUCCUGGCGAGAGGCCACCCGCGGGGCCCUCAGGAAGGGAGACUGGGGGGAGAUGGAGGGCCGCCGGGUGGGGUGUAGCGGAGGCACCUUUUUGAGGACCCUGGGUGGGGCCGGGACCCGUGAGCUCCGGUGGCCGUUAGAAGUUCCUCUGUGUGUUGUUAUGCCCUGUGUUCAAUGGUUUCAGUCAAUGUUUCUGUUUAAUAAAUUUCCCUGAACGUUU